GAAAUCAGAACUACUGCCAAUAGAAAGUAAACCAGGAAGUAACAUCGAGAGCGCAUAGCCGACAUAGGAAAUAUCAACGCACCUUGUAAUUGUACAUGCUAGUGUUUAGCACAGUCCUCAGAGAAAGUGACGCCAUAUAGUUAUUUAUUUGACACUCUCUCUCUCAUAUCUAUAUAAGACUAGUCAUGCCAGGUCCCAUAGUCGUAGGGAUUGGAAUUGCAGUUUAUAUUUUGAUUUAUUACAAUAUUUUCAAAGGUCCAAAAUGCAAAAGUUUUGCAACGCUGGUGGGGAAAACAGCAGUGAUCACAGGUGGCAACACUGGCAUUGGGAAGGCGACCGCUCUGGAUCUUGCAAAGCGAGGCGCCAGAGUCAUACUGGCGUGCCGCAGUAAACAGCGAGCGGAAGCGGCCGUGUUUGACAUCAGAAAGGAGAGCAGCAAUCACCAGGUGCUGUUCAUGCAGCUGGACCUGGCGAGCCUGCAGUCUGUCAGAUCCUUCGCUGAAACAUUCCUUCAAACGGAGCCUCGGCUGGACAUUCUCAUCAAUAACGCAGGGGUCGGAGGGCAUGGCCAGACCGCUGACGGCUUCGAGCUGCACUUCGGAGUCAAUCACCUGGGUCACUUCCUGCUGACCGCUCUGCUGCUGGAGCGUCUGAAGCAGGCAGAGGCUGGCCGCGUGGUCACCGUGUCCUCGAUGGCUUAUCGCUACGGGAGAGUGGAUUUCAGCACCCUGGGCACCCCUGUAUCCCACGACUCCUCGUCCUGGGUGAAGACGCAGGGGUACUGCCACAGCAAGCUGUGCAACAUCCUGUUCACCCGCGAGCUGGCUAACAAGCUGGAAGGGAGCACAGUCACCUGCUACUCUGUGCACCCAGGGUUUGUCUACACCGAGGUCUUCAGAGACAUGAAGACCUGGCAGAAGCUGUUCUUCAUCCCCUUCGCGAGGCUGUUCUUCCAGGGUCCAGAGGGGGGCGCUCAGACCUCCAUCCACUGCGCGGUUCAGGAGGGCAUCGAGGUGCUCAGCGGCCGUUACUUUGCAGACUGCAGCGUGCAGGAGGUGGGCACCCAUGCCCGGGACGACGGGGUCGCCAGGAAGCUGUGGGAGGUCAGCGAGAGGCUGGCGGGACUCGCCUGAGCCGGCUGAUCUGGGAUUAGCGACUGGCACCACAUCGAAGCUUGCUGUGAACCAUCACUGUGUGGGACCUGAAGCUAAAUAUACCCAAGCUACUAGAAACAUUUAACAUGGUUGUGGUUUUAAAUGGUAUAGGAUAACAUACUGUGUAUGGUUUUAGAGAGCUAACUGGUGUUGUAUAUUACGGAAUUCAGUAAAGACAGUUAAAAUACAGGUGUGUACCAAACACUGAAAUGCACAUUCCAUACACGCUUAGGAAUUCCAACACACAGGUAUACAGACUAGUGGGUGGAGAGCGGUGUAGUUCCAUGGAAGGAACAGCAGAGGGCGCUGUUUCCUUUUGUUUUCACCUUAAAAAGAAAAGAAGCAGAGACUUCAUUUCCUACACGUGGGUCUGUUGCAGGAAAGGGACGUGGUUAUAAAGGCAGGAGGUUGGUUCAGCUAUCUUUAGAAUUUCAGUGCGUACUUUAAUUAUAUAUAUAUCUCCAUCCCUCAUUUAAACUGUUUGGGCAAUAUAAUGAGGACCCUAUGAGGUCCAAUAGCGAUAGGAAGACUACUUUGUUAAUAAUAAUAUAGCGAAAUAACGCUGUCAUAAUUAUUAAAUAAAACGACAUAAUUUAAA